CUUCAUCGCCAGUGAGAAUGCUUCCGACACGAAACAUAUCAGGGGGGACCCCCUUCGCAGUACCCAAACGUGAAGACACAGAAGCGAGUUUCUGCAACACAAACUCCUGGAAUGCUAAUAAAUCACAGGCUCACCGCAAAAAGCCGUUUGAUCCGAACAGCCCGUAAAAUGGGACUGUUCGGAAACGUGUGGCGGGCGAAUGUCCCCAAAUGGUCGGCUGCGGCAACGUUCGCGCAAUAUGGGGAGAGGAAUGGACUGAUUGUUUGCAAAAGUCGGUACUUUGGGGUUUGGGUGACACAGAUCCUGGGUUUCGCUCUUACCUCUCCGCUCUCGUUCAGGCACAAGGUCCUCGAUGCGGAAGAAGAGGUUGUCGCCUUUCAACGUACCUUGCCCAGGUGGGACCAAUCCUUCAGCAGGCCAAGGGGGAACGGUGUUCGAGAAAUAUUGAUUCGGUAUUGAAUUUUGCAGCAGAUGGCUGUCUAACUCGUCUCGAUAUUCAGAUGUCGCCCUGCGAAAUCCGAUGCCAGCUAGAUAGCACGCAGCAGUUGGUAUCCCA